AUGGAAUACCAGAAUCUUCGUGGUGGCCAUAUUGUCCUAGCUGAUAUUCAGAAACCAGCUCGGCAUGAGUGGGGCUCGGGCUUGGAUGCGAUGCAAACUGCAUUAGAAUUAGAAAAAGAGGUGAAUUCAUCUUUGAUUCAACUCCAUAAAACGGCAGAACUGCAUUGCGAUGCUCAAAUGCAGGAUUUUAUCGAGUCAAAUUUCCUAAAAGAACAGGUCGAGGCCAUUAAUAUGCUUGCUGGCUUUAUCUCGAAUCUUAAACGUGUUGGGCCUGGUCUUGGUGAAUAUCUCUUUGAUAAGAAUUCCCUUGGCGAGGACAGUUCUGUGCACUAG